AAAUAGUAAGUUCAAAUCAUGGAAUCAAACUUAAGUAUUGUAUUGUACUUUAUACUAAUGUUACUUUCUUUUAUAAUUUUGUUUUUAGUUAUCCUCUUACAAAUACAAAGAUCGCAAUGGCUAAAGGAAUUGUGUGCGGCUUUCCAGAACUUGCUGAUAAGAAGAACGAUUGCCCCUGGGUUUCUUGGCUCGAAGUUGUGAAGACAAAAUUUGAAACAGUACAAUCUAAACUACGACCUGACCAGAAGAAAAAUCAAAAGUCAAGUUCAACCCCUAGAAAGACUCCUAAGAGAACUCCAUCAAAAUCAUCCUCAAAAUCUUCAACCCCAAAGACAUUAACGCCAAGAGCUUCAACCUCCAAGGCUUCUCAAGAAGCUUUAGAUAGUGAUGAAAGUAUUCAAGAGCAGAUAUUAGUUAUGGGUCAUUUACUUCCAACAACUCAGAACGGCAAAUGAUAAGUCUAGCCCUUAAUCAAACAUUUCAUCAUAGAAGGAAUUGGAUUUUGAACGAUAAACCAUCUGUGACAGAAGUUCUUCUCACAUAUAAACACUUGCAGAGCUUUGAAGGAGCAAUGAUAUCUGAGGAAUUUCAAAGGAUCAAAGUAUUGCAUGAUGAUGCUGCACUAAAAUUUAAUCGUAUUUCACCAUACAUACUGCAAUAUGCUAGAAACACCAAGCCACAGCUAGCGGAAAAGGUUUCAACAAAAAUUUUCCCAAUGGUAUGCCCACUGCUAUAUUUUUUUCAACCUCUUCCAGCCUAAAAUGCUUUUGUGCUUUUUAUUCCAGAUAAUGUAAGAGCAUUAAUUUUGCUUUCCAAACUUCUUAAUGUAACAUUGAAUAAGAACACAGCGUCUCCGGAUGAGUUAGAACAUGUUAGAACAUUCAGGCCGACCAUUGCAGACUCCAUUCCAAGCAGUGCCAUUAUUCAAAUCGCCCCUGAAGGAACAGAUCCUGAUAAUUACAGAUCUGUGGAAACCCACCCAAUUGCGUCAGAGCAAUCCACCCCCAAACUUCCCAUUUCUUCUCUGGCUCAGUAAUGACAACACAAAAGGACUGAUCUACCUUAAGAUAGAUCAAAUCUGUAUUCUGGUUGCUCGUGGAGAAGAUCCAGAUUUUUUCAUCAAAGCAUUUGAUAUAUUUGUCAAGGCUCACCAUGUCUUCAAUGUUAAGUACCAUCCAUAUCUUAGAACCACAAUUUUUGAUUAUUUUUUAGUAUCUGUAUGGGAUAAAAACACCCUUGCCUUCCACUGCCCGAUUUUUAACUGCUCUCACAAACAUGGCAGAGAAAGCUUCUAGCUGCUAAUUCUUCAUUACAUUGUUUUUUUGUUGAGUUUGAGAUCCUUAUGUGAUAUUUUAUUUUCUUUAUUGUUGCUGGUAUUUUUCAACUCUCUGCUUCUUUACUGAUUCAGUUGGCUCCCAUCUCAUGUUUUUCAUACUAAUCUAUAAAAUUAGCAAGCUGUAUUUAUUUUUAUUUUUUUAAAUUAAAUUUUCCAAGCACAUUGCCCUGUCCUUGACUCCAUCUGCUCUAUUUGUAACUGCCCUUGCAACAUGGCAGAGAAAGCUGCGCGUUGCUAAUUCUUCAUUACAUUCUUUUGGUUGAGUUUAACUGAGAUCCUUAUGUGAUAUUUUAUUUUUUUUGUUGUUGAUAGUUUUUCAAUGUUUCUCUGCUUCUAUACUCAUUCAGUUGGCUUUCAUCUCAUCUUUUUCAUACCAAUCUAUAAAAUAGGCAAGCUGUUUUUUUUUUUUUUGUUUUUUUUUUAAAUUUAAUUUACCGAGCACAUUGUUCUGUCCUUGACUUCAACUGCUCUCUUUGUAACUGCCCAUGCUAACAUGGCAGAGAAAGCUGUGAUUUGCUAAUUUAAUUCUUCAUCACAUUCUUCUGUGUUGAGUUAAACUGAGAUCCUUAUGUAACAUUUAUUUUCUUAUCAGAUGCCACAGUUUCUCAUUAAUUCUAUUCUUUUAAUCUCAUUCGCUUUGCUCCUAUCUCACCAUUCUUAUACUAAUCUAUAAAAGAGGCAAGCUUUCUUUUUUUUCUUUUGUAGGAUAAUCUACCAAGCGCAUUGGUUCAUGAAUUUGCCAGGUAUGCUAAAACCUGUUUUGUGUGUACAAUUAAGAGGUGAAGUGAAAUUACACUUGGAAUCAUUUUUUACUGUGAUAUUUAUUUGUUACUAGAUUAUAGCACUUUGUUAUUUAGUGUUUAAAGUUAGCAAAAUUUGUCCUGUACCUAAUAUUAUAAGAGUCAGACAAGAGCUUCCCACACCGCUCAGCUUAAUUUAUUCCCCUUAGCUAUAUGUGACCAAAGAUAAUUCGUAUUAGUUAAAGUAAUUUGUAAGAAACUGACGCCCACAUAGCUUUAUGUUUUAAGUAUCUCAAUGUUUCAAAAUAUUUUUUUUAUGGAAAUAGUUUAUCAUUGGCAAAUAAAUGUGAUAC